AUGCUCUUCUUGCAGUAUUUUUACAUCAUUAGCGGUGAGGAGUGGACUCGGCUAGCAAAGGACUAUAUCAAGUUUCUCUUAUCGGAGUCCAAGAGCAUUCGUUUACAGCGUUCCAUGUACAAAUGGGGAAGGUUCUACAAGAAUCUGACUAAGAAGAAGUAUUAUGAUAAGUUCUGGUUGGAGAAGGCCAUAAUCACUACCCCAACUUGGUGGGAUAGCCCCAAAAAGUACCGGCACAUCGUUAGAUCUAAUUUAGAAUCAAAUUCAGAUGAAUAA